AGCUCUAAAUGCAUUGAAAUGAAAUGGUAUUUCUGAAUAAUAGGGAAUAUUUCCAAUUCAACUCAAUUUUCCCUCAACUCAAGUACGUGUACGUACCUUCCUUCUGACAUUCUUUUUCUCGAAGAUGAAGGCAUCUUUUACUUUUUAAACUAUGCCGGAAGGAAAGGUUGGAUUGGAUGUGAUAAAUCAAAGAAGAUGCUUAUCAAUUUGUUACGGAAAGGAUCAUAUAUACAUAUAUAUAUAUAUUAUUGCUUGUCUACUUGUUACCAUGUAGUCCAUUGCUUUUUUCCUUUCAUCCAUCUACCCGAAUUAAAUUACCGCGAAACUUCCCUCAAGUUUCAUGAAAGUUAUUUGCCGAAUAAGAAUCUUCAUGAUUAUUUUCAUAAAGGAAAAAUUAAGGCCAAGAGGAACCCGCAACUUAUAUGUAUAUAUAUGAAGUUCGGGAGUAAGUAGCAGUCAAGCUCGAUCAUUUAAAGUCUACUAAAAAAUCACCCCAGUUGAGCACCUCUAUGGAAAGGAAAAAUUCUAGGGCUUCACAGAUGAUGCAACUAAAUGUACAGGAGAUGAGAUCCGUCUUCGACAAAUUUGACACUAACAAAGAUGGGAAGAUCUCUCGGCAGGAGUACAAAGCGGCUUUACACCUGCUUGGUAAAGGAGUAGCAGAAACUGAAGCUGCUAAAUCCUUUCAGUUGGUUGACACUGAUGGAGAUGGAUUCAUUGACUUCAAAGAGUUCAUGGAAAUGAUGCGGGGCACGGGAGAGGGGGCAAGCUGGAAAAGUGACAUUCAAGGAGCGUUUCAAGUGUUUGAUUUGAAUGGAGAUAAAAAGAUAAGUGCUGAAGAGUUAAUGGAGGUUUUGACGAGAAUGGGAGAAAGAUGCAGCCUUGAUGCUUGUAGAAAAAUGAUUCGAGGAGUGGAUGCUGAUGGGGAUGGCUUUGUUGACAUGGAUGAGUUUAUGGCCAUGAUGACUCGCACCAUGAAAGUCCCUUAGUGAUUAAUUUUGCCAUGCAACUUUAAUCCUAAUAAAAUCCAAUCUUUGACAUUUCUUAGCCACGGUAUGUGGGUAUCAUGAUGUUGAAAUAAUCAAGCUUGAGGAGUAUAUUGCUUGUACUACAUCUCUUCUAAUGUCUCUCCUGUGUCAGUUUAAAAUUUCCGAGUGUGUAAAAGCUAUACGUAUUCACUUUUAAAAAAUAAAUAGAUAUUUAUUUGAUAGA